AUGGGCUGUUUCUGUUGUUGUGGAGUGGAAGUGCAGCACCGUUCUGGUUCCCUUAAGGAGACUGCUUAUGGCAUCGGUGGCAAUGACAAUGAUAGCAAUGGGAAAUCAUUGAGGUCUUUGGCCAAUAAUUUGUCGGCCAAAACAGGUAGUGGCAAGCAGAAAAUAGCUGAAGAGAUUCAAAAAGUUGGAAAAGCUCAAGUUUCAGCUCAUAUUUUCACAUUUAGAGAACUAGCUGUUGCUACAGACAACUUCAAUCCAGAUUGUCUGAUAGGGGAAGGUGGAUUCGGCAGGGUCUACAAAGGAUACAUUGAGAACAUUGAUAGAAUUGUGGCGGUGAAGCAGCUCGAUAAGAACGGAAAGCAAGGAAGCAGAGAAUUCUUAUCAGAGGUUCUAAUGUUAAGUCUGGUUAACCAUCCGAACCUUGUGAAUCUGAUCGGCUAUUGUGCAGAUGGGGAUCAAAGGAUUUUAGUUUAUGAAUACAUGGCUAAUGGAUCUUUGGAAUAUCAUCUUCUUGAUUUACCUCCAGGUAAGGAGCCAUUGGAUUGGAAUACCAGGAUGAAAGUAGCUGAAGAAGCGGCGAAAGGGCUAGAAUACCUGCAUGAUUUUGCCGAUCCGCCUAUAAUUUAUCGUGACUUUAAAGCGUCAAACAUAUUACUAGAUGAGAACUUCAAACCCAAACUCUCUGAUUUUGGACUUGCAAAGUUAGGCCCUACAGGAGGGAAGGACCAUGUAUCGACAAGGGUCAUGGGGACCUAUGGCUAUUGUGCUCCGGAGUAUGCAAUGACAGGAAAGCUCACAACAAAAUCCGAUGUUUACAGUUUUGGCGUAGUGUUUAUGGAGCUCAUCUCAGGGAGGAGGGCUAUUGAUAUCGAAAGGCCGGAAGAGGAACAGAAUCUGGUCGCUUGGGUAGAGCCAUUACUUAAGGAUAGGCAGAAGUUCAAGAUGAUCGCGGAUCCACUGCUCCAAGAGAAUUACCCUGUAAAGGCUCUUUAUCAAGCUCUUGCAGUUGCAGCAAUGUGUCUUCAGGAGGAUGCUGAUAGCCGGCCAUUGAUCGGUGAUGUUGUAACUGCCGUCGAGUUUCUUGCCAAGCGAAAAGACGAUGACAAAAUUGCUGCAGAAUCACAAAGAAACAAUGACUUGCAUGUUAAGUCCGUGAGAGAAGGAAGUUUCAAAAGAGACUGUGACUUGUAGCCAUCGUAGCUGGGGAGAACGAUCUUGAAGAUCGAAGAAAUUGCACAACUGAACCAACAAAAACCAGAACCUAAUUGUUGUCGAGCUAAAUGCUAGCAUUGUUGUUUGUGUAGAUAAUUAUGAGCUAUUUUAGUGUGCAAUUGUUUAAGUAGCAAUCCUCUGUUACUUAGAUAUGAA